CGCUGGGCCGCAGGGAAGUGAAGUCCUUGAUCAGGGCAAAAGGGCUUAAUCUUUGGCAAAUGGAGUGGGAUAUUAGUAGAAAGGGGAGGCAAUUUUUAUUGUGUGCUCUGGUCAUUAAAGGAAGAGAUGGGGUGUAUGGGAUGUAGAAGAGGAAGUUGGGUGGAGUAGACUACGGGUUGGGAACACAGAUUUGAAUGCCACGUUGUGGAUGGUAGGGAGACAUGAAACAGGUCUGUGGAGUGUUUAGAGGAGGAAAUGGUGUAGCAUGUGUUGAUAUUUUGUGAACUGUAUGAUGUAGAUAUUGUGUGAAAGGGUUGGAGAGGCUGGAUGGGGUUUGGGUGGUGUAUUGGUUGGAGGGAAGUGGUGUCAAGUCUCUUUCACCUUCUUCGAGGAACAGGAAAAAUGAAGAGAAUUUAAUGUAUGUAGGCUGUGUCUGUCUUCGCAAUCCAGUACAGUAGGUGGCAGUGUAUGCACCUUAAAUUGUAUGCGACCCGCCAACCCAAUCCCAAAGAAGAAGAAAUAGCCAAUGAAGCCAUUUCUGUGCGUCGUGAUCUGAGAAUGCUUGUAUUCCAGGAUGUCUGCUGAAAGCCAAGAGAACCGGACAGUGGAGGUGCUGGGAGUACCAGAGGAGGUGGAGGAUGAGCUGUUGUAUUUGUACUUUGAGAACAAGCGUCGUUCUGGGGGAGGUAAUCUGGUGUCUGUGAAGCUGGAAGGGAGCCGCGCCUUACUGCUGUUUGAAGAGGCGGAGGUUGCAUCAAGGGUCCUGUCUAAAAGAGCACAUGUCCUGAGCAAUGCUGAGCUGACCGUGAGGAAGCCUGCGUGUAAGGAUCCACGGAGGCUGCUGCUGCGGGGGGUUAACCCAUCCAGCUGUCAGGAGCUGGUGGAGCUGUAUGUAGAGAACAUGAUGGGGAUGGACAUGCACGACUACACUCUAUACCCCUCACCUGGCAGGGACCUGGUCCUAGUACACUUCCAUCAGGCCUUCAAUAAAGACUUCCAGAAGCUUUGCUCAAAGAUCUCUAAGAAGCCUCUGGAUGGAGCGCAGAUCGCUCUGGAACAGAUCGAUCAAACUGACUCCAUCCUAAUGGAGAACGUGCACCCCAGCAUCACAGCAGACGUGCUUACUCUGUACCUGGAGAGCCAACGGGGCGGGCGCCUUGAAGUUAAGGAGGUCACCAUGAUGUCAGAGGGGGUUGCCAGGGUCUCCUUCCUGGACUUUGACUCAGUGGAACGUGUCCUUAAACAAUCACAUAAACUGGAGGAGACAGAUCUGACGGUCAGGCCUUACUUCUCCUUCCUCCAAUCAGAGGACAGCUCCUCCUCACCCCUGACCUCUCUCCUGACCUCUGUGAAUGGAACAUCAGAUGGUAGCACAACGAACACACAUCAGACAUAUAGUGGUGGUCAAUCACAGACUGAUUCUCUCCCUGCAGACAGUACCAGUGACCGUUCUCAGUCCUCUCACAAGGCUACCUCUGAGCCUCUGGUCCCCCCUCUGUCCCCCCCUGUGUCCCAGGCAGCAGCAGCCCAGGGAGGCAUGGGUGACCUAAUUUCGAUCCCAGAGCCCAUGUCUAGUCACAUUUCCGUCCCAGACCCAGUGAAACUCACCCUGCUCCAGGCCAGUCCCCUGCCCCAGAGCCUCCAGCUGGCCCACCAAGGCUGUAGCAUCCAGAUCAGGGAGGACGGGGUCCACAUGGCCGGGCCUGACCAGCCAACGCUGGAGCAGUUGAAAAACGCUGUGUUGGAGUUCCUUGGGGGCGUGGCCCAGGCUCAUCUCACCUUUGACCCAGAAAAGGCCCACUUCCUGGCCAAACAGGAAGUGAAGGACCGGCUGCUACAGACGUUGAAAGAAAACGGGCUGCCGUCCAUGUACACCGUGUCGGACUGUGUCGUCAUGGUAACGUCUCUGUCUCCCAGCUUGGUGAGCCAGGCAUGUAGCAUGUUGAAGACUCUGCUGUCUGACUUCAGUAUCCCUGUGGACAGAGCGUACGAGUGUAUGCUGUAUGCCCAGGAAUGGACUGGCUUCCUCCAGUCUCUGACUCUUUGCUCAGCUAAGGUGUCCGAAAGAGGACAGAUAGAUGUCCUGACUCUGAGAGGGUUGGAGGAGGAGAAGCAGGCUAAGAUAGUGGAGUUCCUCAGUACACCCAUUGAAACGGAGGCUAUCAUCUCUAUGGAGCCAGGCAUGUUGAAGUACAUCCAGACCCACCAUCAUCAGCUACUGGCUGAUAUGAACCAGGUGUCUAUCUUCCCUCUAGACGCACAUGGCGUCUGUGGACUCAGAAUCCAAGGCAAUGCUGCGGCAUGUCAAAUGGCCGAUGAGGUUCUGAGGGGCGUGGUGUUGUCCACCGAGACCAGAACCAUCACGGUGAAACAGACGGGCGUGGCGCGGUUCCUCAUCCAGGAGGGGGAGGGGACCAGCAUCCUCAGGGAGAUGCAGACUAAGUUCCAGGUCUACAUAAACAUGGAGAAGGUGCACUGGGAACCCCUGGACAACGAGGACAUCUUUGAGGCUGCGUGGAAUAUGACGUCCCAUCUGAGCUUCCAGAGAAGUUCCUUACAGGCCUCAACAUCAGUUCUGACUUGCACUAUCCAGACUUCCAACAGCCUCUCAGCUUUAGACAGAGGUCGUAUAGAGGAGGCAAAGAGGCUGUUCUCAGCCAUAGAUGAGACGGUGGACACUGGCCUCUCCGGUUUGACCGGAACCACUGACAUGGAGGAGGAUCUGUUUCCGGCCGAGAAACCCAUGGCCCCGAGCUCUGACCAGGGCCCAGACAGGGACAGCGCUAACGUUGAGGUGGAGGAAGAGGCUCCACUGCCCCUGGUGGAGGGAGGGGAUAGUGACGAUGUGGGUGCUACUGCUCCUGUGGUGACUCAGGAUGGAGAGAUGUCUCAGGCCAUGCAACUCUCCACUACCCUGGAGGAGGAGGCGCAGAUGUCCCUGGCCAUCCAGUACUCUAUGGAGACCACCAAGAGGUCCCUGGCUGACGAGGAGGAGGAGCUGCAGAAGGUUCUAGAGCUGUCCAGGAAGUUGACGAAGAUGACUCGGGAUGAUGUCGGUGCCAUGCCUACCGCUUCCCUCCCUACUGCUGGCUCCCACCUCGAUCAGGCUGUCCAGGUAUCUCUGCAGGAGGCCAUUCAGUCAGCCAACUCGGCAACAAUCUUUGUGUACGCAGGCUACAGUUGUGACCUGGUCAGAGUGGACAUUGCCCUGAACAAGAGGGUCAGUAAUAAACAGCAUAAGGAGAAGCUAGUGCACCGCAGCCUGAGGAGCCUGUCUCCGUAUCACAGGUGGUGCCUGGACCUCAUCAAGAGGAAACACGCCGUGGAGGUCACCAUCCAGGGAACUACGGCAAUCAUCUCCGGGUUCAAGGACUUUGUUACCGGUGCGAUGCCGGACAUGAAGCUGCUGCUAAGGAGGAUCUCCACAACGAUGUCAGACGCUGACAUCCUGCGGACAGUGCAAUGGGUGUGGCACGACCCGGCGUCGUCAGGGACGGAGACCCCGUACGCUCCGGAGGCGACAGUGUUCAUGGAGAACGCCUGGAAGAUGAGGCAGGAAAAGAUCGACAUCCUGCUCAACAACCUGCCGCACAUCAUCAACUUUGCGAAGAUGCAGGAGUACAACGUGGCCUCUGGGAAGUCCGUCACCAUCUCUAGGAAGAUGCUGAGCUCCGAUGACGUGUACUCGGAGAUGCAAGAUGAGGACUACAGUCUACUGUCCAACCUGCCUGAGACGUCCAGAAUGAACAAGGAUUCUGAUGAGUUCCGGGAUGUUGUGAAAGACUUCUACGACUCCAUACAGGAGUUCCACAACGAAAUCCGAAUCAUUAAGGUUGAGAAGCUGAUGAAUAGGCUCCUGUACAACCAGUACAGACUGAAGAAGGCUAGUAUAAAUCAGAGUACCACUGACCCAGAAGUGGAGCGUACGCUGUACCACGGCACAAGCGAGACCAGCGUGAAAGAGAUCUGUGUUCAUGGCUUCAAUAGAAGCUUCUGUGGAAAGAAUGCCACUGUGUACGGUCAGGGGGUCUACUUUGCUGUGAACUCUGCCCUGUCCAUCCAGGAUCAAUAUUCUCCCCCCAACGCAGACGGACACAAGUUUGUGUUUGUGACCAAGGUGCUGACUGGGGACUUCACUCAGGGCAGUCACUCCAUGAAGACGGCUCCUCUGAAGGAGAGCUCUGACAUGCCCCUCCGAUACGACAGCGUGGCAGAUAAGACGGACAACCCCUCUCUGUUUGUGAUCUUCAACGACACACAGGCUUACCCUGAGUAUCUCAUCACAUGUCAGAAGAUUCACCGCUGAGGGAGUGGGAGUUGAGUGAUAACCAAAGAACUGUUUGGUCAGUGUUUUAUUUGUUUGUUUUCUCCGUGUUGAGAAAAGAGGAUUCAAAUCCAAUUUUAUUUGUCACGUGCGCCGAAUACAACAGUUACAAGCACUUAACCAACAAUGCAGUCUUUAAAAAACAAACACACAAAAAGAAUAAGAAAUUAAAGUAAUUAAAGAGCAGCAGUAAAAUAACAAUAGCGAGGCAAUAUACAGGGGGUACCGGUACAGAGUCAAUGUGCGGGGUCACCGGUUAGUCAGGUUAAUGGAGGUAAUAUGUACAUGUAGGUAGAGCUAUUCAAAUGACUAUGCAUAGAUAAUAAAAAGAGAGUAGCAGCAGCGUAAGAGGGGGGGCAAUGCAAAUAGUCUGGAUAGCCAAUUGAUUAGAUGUUCAAGAGUGUUAUGGCUUGGGGGUAGAAGCUGUUUAGAAGCCUCUUGGACCUAGAUUGGCGCUCCGGUACCGCUUGCUCUGCGGUAGCAGAGAACAGUCUAUGACUAGAGUGACUGGAGUCUUUGACAAUUGUUAGGGCCUUCCUCUGACACUGCCUGGUAUAGAGGUCCUGGAUGGCAGGAAUCUUGGCUCCAGUGAUGUACUGGGCCGUAUGCACUACCCUAUGUACUGCCUUGUGUUUUUAUUUUUUUAUUUGACCUUUAUUUAACCAGGCAAGUCAGUUAAGAACAAAAUCUUAUUUUCAAUGACGGCCUAGGAACAGUGGGCUAACUGCCUGUUCAGGGGCAGAACGACAGAUUUGUACCUUGUCAGCUCUGGGGUUUGAACUCGCAACCUUCCGGUAACUAGUCCAACGCUCUAACCACUAGGCUACCCUGCCGCCCAGUUGCGGUCCAACAGCCGAGCUGUUGCCAUACCAGGCAGUGAUGCAACCAGUCCGGAUGCUCUUGACUGAUUAAUGGGAAUUCAAUUUGAAAAAGCCUUCUGAGAAUAUACUGUGUAUUGUGUUUGUGAUAAUGCCCAGGAAGCAGGUAUUUGGAGGAUAUAUUGACACGGAUGUUGUUAGGCCAGAGACUAAGUCGAGCCAAUAUCCAGUGCAUUCGGAAAGUAUUCAGACCCUUUUUCCACAUUUUGUUAAGUUACAGCCUUAUUCUAAAAUGGAUCAAAUAAAAACAAUCCCACUCAGUCUACACACAAUACCCCUUUAUUGACAAAGCAAAACAGGUUUAGACUUUUUUCUUUUAUACAAAUGUAUUUAAAAAAAUAUGUGAAUGUGAUUUACAUUUUUUUAAAGUAUUCAGACACUUUACUCAGUACUUUGUUGAAGCACCUUUGGCAGCGAUUACAGCCUUGAGUCUUCUUGGGUAUGACGCUACAAGCUUGGCACCCCUGUAUUCGGGAGGUUUCUCCCAUUCUUCUCUGCAGAUCUUCUCAAGCUCUGUCCGGUUGGAUGGGGAGUGUCACUGCACAGCUGUUUUCAGGUCUCUCGAUUGGGCUCUGGCUGGGCCACUCAAGGACAUUGAGACUUGUCCUGAAGCCGCUCCUGCGUUGUCUUGGCUGUGUGCUUAGGGUCGUUGUCCUGUUGGAAGAUGAACCUUCACCCCAGUCUGAGGUCCUGAGUGCUCUGGAGCAGGUUUUUGUACUUUGCUAUGUUCAUCUUUCCCUCGAUCCUGACUAGUCUACCAGUCCGUUCCACUGAGAAACAUCCCCACAGCAUGAUGCUGCCACGACCAUGCUUCACCAUAGAGAUGGUGCCAGAUUUCCCCCAGAAGUGAUGCUUGGCAUUCAGGCCAAAGAAUUCAAUCUUGGUUUCAUCAGACCAGAGAAUCUUCUUUCUCAUGGUAUGAGUGUCUUUUAUCUGCCUUUUGGCAAACUACAAGCGGGCUGUCGUGCUUUUUACUGAGGAGUGGCUUCCGUCUGGCCACUCUACCAUAAAGGCCUGAUUGGUUGAGUCCUGCAGAAAUGGUUGUCCUUCUGGAAGGUUCUCCCAUCACCAUGGAGGAACUCUGGAGCUCUGUCCGUGACUAUUGGGUUCACGGUUACCUCCAUGACCAAGGCCUUGUCCCCCGAUUGCUCAGUUUGGCUGGACGGCCAGCUCUCGGAAGAGUCUUGGUCCUUCCAAAUUUCUUGGGGACCUUAAAUGCUGUAGAAAUGUUUUGGUACAUUUCCCCAGAUCUGUGCCUCAACAAUAUCCAGUCUCAGAGGUCUACGGACAAUUCCUUCAACCUCAUGGCUUGGUUUUUGCUCUGACAUACACUACCAUUCAAGAGUUUGGGGUCACUUAGAAAUGUCCUUGUUUUUAAAGAAAAGCAACAAUAAAAGUGCAUUAAAAUAACAUCAAAUUGAUUAGAAAUACAGUGUAGACAUUGUUCAUGUUGUAAAUGACUAUUGUAGAUGGAAACUACUGAAAACCCUUUUGCAAUUAUGUUAGCACAGCUGAAAACUGUUGUCCUCUGUCUGCCUUUAUACUUGUUGAGUAUCUGGAGCAUCAGCAUUUGUAGGUUCGAUUACAUGCUCAAAAUGGCCAGAAACAAAUAAUUUUCUUCUGAAACUCGUCAGGCUAUUCCAUGAGAGAAUUUGCCAAGACUAGGGAAGAUCUCAUACAACGCUGUGUACUACUCCCUUCACAGUAUAGCUCAAACUGGCUCUAACCAGAAUAGAAAGAGUGGAAUGCCCCGGUGCACUACUGAGCAAGAGGACAAGUACAUUAGUGUCUAGUUUGAGAACGACCCCUCUCAAGUCCUCAAAUAGCAGCUUAAUUAAAUAGUGCCAGCAAAACACCAGUCUCAACAGUGAAGAGACGACUCCGGGAUGCUGGCUUUCUAGGCAGAGUUGCAAAGAAAAAGCAAUAUCUCAGACUGGCCAAUAAUAGAUGAAGAUGGGUUAAAGAACACAGACACUGGACAGAUGAAGAUUGGAGAAAAGUGUUAUGGACAGACAAAUCUAAGUUUGAGUUGUUCGGCUCACGAAGAACAUUUGUGAGACGCAGAAAAGAUUCUGGAGGAGUGAUUGACGCCAUCUGUCAAGCAUGGUGCAGGCAAUGUUAUGGUCUGGGGGUGCUUUGGUGGUGGUAAAGUGGGAGAUGGUACAGGGUAAAAUGCAUCUUGAAGAAGGAAGGCUAUCACUCCAUUUUGCAAUACCAUGCAACGCCAACAGGACAGUGACCUAAAGCACAGCUCCAAACUGCAAGAACUAUUUAGGGAAGAAGCAGUCAGCUGGUAUUCUGUGUAUGAUGGAGUGGCCAGAACAGUCACUGGAUCUCAACGCCUUUGAGCUGUUGUGGGAGCAGCUUGACCGUAAGAAGUGACCAUCAAGCCAAUCACAUUUGUGGGAGGUGCUUCAGCAAGCAUGUGUUGAAAUCUCUUCAGAUUACCUCAACAAAUUGACAACUAGAAUGCCAAAGGUCUGCAAGGCUAUAAUUGCUGCAAAUGCCGGAUUCUUUGACGAAAGCAAAGUUUGAAGGACACUAUUUCAAUUAAAAAUCAUUGUUUAUAACCUUGUCAACUACAUUUCCUAUUCAUUUUGCUGUGUGUGUGUGUGUGUGUGUGUGUGUGUGUGUGUGUGUGUGUGUGUCUUUCCAAAUCAUGCCCAGUCAAUUGAAUUUACCACAGGUGGACUCCAAUCAAGUUGUAGAAACAUCUCCAAGGAUGAUCAAUGGAAACAGGAUGCAUAAGAACACCCAUGCCACUAUAUCCUCCGAACAGCAGCUCCUCUGGUGUUGGCACUUAAUAUGCGUCUUAAUCAAAUUUUUGUAACUUGUGUGUUUACGACGCUACUGUUUAUUUCUAAGACAACACUAUAGCAGCCUCCUACUGUACAAUGAUUACAAAUACUCAUUCUUAUCCAUAUCAAUAAUAUGAUUGUAAUGCAUGCGAAUUAGAUGAAUGUAAUAGUUUGGAACCAUAUUGUUUCCAGUAUAGUUUGAUGUUUAUAAUCAGUGUAUGUAUGCAUUUAACUGGUAAUAUGUCAGGCGAAGCCAAAUAGUUACUUUACUUAUCAUGUUGCCUUAGCUUUAUCUUGGCCAGGUCGCAAUUGUAAAUGAGAACUUGUUCUCAACUUGCCUACCUGGUUAAAUAAAGGUGAAAUAAAAAAUUAAUAAA